UUAUGUUAGAGCUGCAUGGCAUUUUUCACCCUGCCGUGUUCCCUUGCCAGACUUAUGUGACUGCCAGUUAUCUGGCAGCCAUUCUCUGUCGGCCACGAGGCAGGUGUUCACCGUGCAUCUUCCACUCACCCCAUGAUGUUCCGGAAGUAAACUUUGGUUGUCUUUCAUUGGCCAGAGGAAUUGAUUGUUGGUGUGGAUCAAAAGAUAAGGAGGCACCAUCUAAGCAGAGCAUUUCUGUACAAAGAGAGUCUCAGAACACGACUCCUAGGGCAGCUGUUUCUCCUAAGAAGGCUCACCCCUGUGAAAUGUGUGGCCUCAUCUUUGGGGAUGUUUUUCACUUUGUUGACCACCAGGAAACUCAUCAGAAGCAGAAGCUGAACGGGAGUGGGGCAUGUGGAAAAAACUUGGAUGACACUGCAAACCUUAAUCAGCACCAGAAGCAGCAUAUUGGAGAGAAAUUCUGCAGAAAGAGUAUCAGAGAAGCAUCGUUUGUAAAGAAACGUAAGCUCAGGGUGUCACAGGAGCCAUUUGUCUUCCAUGAGUUUGGGGAGAACGUUCUGCCCAGUUCAGGAUUAUGCCAACAAGAAGCCUCUUAUCCUGUAGAGAAGACAGACAGUGAAACUAAGCAUGGCCCACCCUUUCAGGAGGGCAAAACUAAUUCCGGGUGUGGAAAACGCACAAAAGCCUUCAGCACCAAACACUCAGUUAUUCCACACCAGAAACUUUUCACUAGAGAUGGAUGUUAUGUGUGCAGUGAUUGUGGAAAAUCCUUUAGCAGAUAUGUCAGCUUCAGCAAACAUCAGCGAGAUCACACUGAAAAAGGACCUUAUGAGUGUGGAGAGUGUGGGAAAUCUUAUAGUCAAAAGAGCAGCCUCAUUCAACAUCAGCAAGUUCACACUGGAAAGACAGCUUAUCCCUGUGGGGAGUGUGAGAAAUCUUUUAGUCAGAAGGACAGCCUUAACCAUCAGCAUGUUCACACUGGAGAAGGGCCUUAUGAGUGUGGAGAAUGUGGGAAGUCUUUUGGUCAAAAGGGUAAAUUCAUUCAACAUCAGCGAGGUCACACUGGAGAGACAGCUUAUCACUGUGGGGAAUGUGGGAAAUCUUUUCGUCAGAAGUUCUGCUUUAUUAACCAUCAGCAUGUUCACACUGGAGAAAGGCCUUACAAGUGUGGAGAAUGUGGGAAAUCUUUUGGUCAGAAGGGCAACCUCAUUCAACAUCAGCGAGGUCACACUGGAGAGUGCAAGGAGUGUGGAAAAUUGUUUAGGUACAGAUCCCACCUCACUGAACACCAGAGACUUCACACUGGGGAAAGACCUUACAAUUGUAGGGAAUGUGGGAAAUUAUUUAACAGGAAGUAUCAUCUUCUUGUUCAUGAGAGGGUUCACACUGGAGAAAGGCUGUAUGAGUGUGAGGUAUGUGGGAAAUUAUUUGGCAAUAAGCACAGCAUGACUAUACAUCAGAGGAUUCACACUGGCGAAAGGCCAUAUGAAUGCAGAGAAUUCACACUGGAGAAAGGCCUUAUGAACGCACCAAAUGUGGAAAAAGAAUUCAGCGAAGCUCUACCCUCCAUCAUCAGAGUUCACACAGGAGAAAGGCCUUAUGAGUGCAGUGAAUGUGGGAAAUCCUUCACUGAAACAUCCAGUCUCAUUAAACACAGGAGAGUGCAUACUGGAGAAAGGACUUGA